CAAGCGUCUGCCGGCUCAGUGACCACGUGGUUUUUCGAGCUUUGCGCUGUCACGUCUCGUCGCCCUACUAUUGUAGUGUCUCGUGAGUGGAGAAUGCCGGAUUUCUGAUGUCGCGCUCGCGUACCGAUUGAUUGGUGUUAUUGAUCUCUUCUUCGUCGAUUAACUCCGCAAGACGGGUUCAUCCGUGCCCUCCCGCUUUCUCUCCAGGAGGGCCCUCGAGAGGGUCGACACGUCGGACUUGGGGUACCCCAUGUUCUUUCAGGUGCUCUUCGCCAUCACCCGUCUAGGAAGAUCGCCUAGGAAAAAAUCUGACGGCUUCCCGUCGCCGUAGUUUUGCCGGGCGCCAGCGCGUACUGUGACAAUCUCGUUGUUUUAAGUACUUGUUGUUUUUUUGAUACUUUUUUUUGAGUUUGUACUGAGUGUCUUUGAACUCGGCGUCCAAGAUGAGCGACUCCGUCAAGAAGACCAACCUGAGGAAGCUGUCCUUCCUGGGGUUCCAGGACCGAAAGGCCAAGAAUGAUGGCAGCAGCAAUGGCGGGGAACCCCAGUUGGACGAGGAAUGCGCGAAGGUCUUUGCCAUGGACACCGACGUACCUGGCUUCGACUUCCAUGAUACCCCCUUCUCUGGCCAACCGAAAUAUGGAGAGAAAGAUUACAUGCAGCACCGCAAAAAUUACCCGCACAUGCACCAGCCCCUCAAGAUCGGAUCAAAGUCGAUGAGACGCCGCACCCCGCAGCAGACCUCACCCGCCACCACCCCGUCAGUCGCCGGGACCCCCAAGGAGUCCAUCACCGAAUCACCCACACUAGAAUUACCCGUUCCUACGGUCACCCCCUUGUCCAGCACCCAGUCCAAGCCCGAGGACUCCGACACAGGACCUCUGGGCUCCCUGAACCAGGAAGAGACGGACACGGGCGAUAACAGUUCGGAAUCUGAGUGCGUGCUCUCCGACCCCUGCAACUACCUCACCCACGAAGAUGACGGUCAGUCGCCGGAGCGCAAGGUCUCCUUCGUCAACACCGAGAGCUCCGACAAGUUCGACGUCGAGGGGCUCAAGGACAAGAAAAAGCGUCAUCAUCAUCGUCCUCACCACUCUAAGUUCAGGAAGUACUCUCUUCCCGACGACCCACACAAGAAGCGUCAUCACGGUGACAGGCGGAUCUCCACCCAACCAGAAGACCAAGACUUACCUGCUAACGACAGGAACCAGUUAGACAGUCACAGGUCGGAUGAUUCAAGGGCUCUUCGAAGGCAUAAGACUUCGAGGCCAUCCAAUGCGUCGCUUAUGCACAUUGGGAAGGGUACCGAACUACACCCCUCCCUGAAGAAGCUGUAUGAUCACAGCCCCCACGCAAUAUUCGUCCAGCUCGAUGAGCUGUUUAUGCUGGAAACCCACGAUGAGAGGGAAUGGAAGGAGACUGCCCGCUGGAUCAAGUACGAGGAAGACGUCGAGGAAGGCGUGGACAGGUGGGGGAAACCCCACGUCGCCUCCCUGAGCUUCCACUCUUUGCUCAACCUGAGGAGGUGUUUGGAAGAGGGUCUCGUGGUGCUGGACAUGGAGGAAAAGGACUUGCCCGCCAUUGCUUAUAGGAUAUCCGAAGACUUGUUCAGAGAGGAUUUGAUCAAGGAAGAGGACAAAGCCAAAAUAAUGAGGGUCCUUCUCCUGAGGCACAGACACGUCAACGAACAUCACGACAAGGGAUUUAGGUUCACCACAAGGAACAAACACAGCUACACAUCCCUACAGAACCUUCACGACACCGAGAAGAGAAAAGUGAGCUUCCCCUUGGACGGUUCCAUAAAGAAUGGCGACGCCGUCGAAAACCUCUUGAAGAAUAACGACACGGUGGUCGACAUGAAGGAAGACACGUACUCGACCAGCAACGAAGACGUACGUAGGGCGAGGAACGACGCCAUCUUAAGAAGGAUACCAGUCGGCGCCGAGGGUUCAGCCAUCUUGGUGGGCGAAGCGGACUUUUUGGACCAGCCAGCCAUAGCUUUCAUCCGGCUGGCCGAAGGAGUCGUGGUUCCGUCGCUCAUCGAAGUCAACAUUCCCGUAAGGUUCAUAUUUUUGCUCCUGGGACCAAAGCUGCCCACCAUCGACUAUCACGAGGUCGGUAGGUCCAUUUCCACCCUGAUGGCCAACCAACAUUUCCACAAUAUCGCCUAUAAGGCGGACAGCCGGAAGGAGCUGCUUUCGGCGAUCAACGACUUCCUGGACGACAGCAUCGUGUUGCCUCCCGGCGAUUGGGAGCGACAGGCGCUCCUACCCAUCGAGGAAAUCAAGGCUAAAAGCGAAGCAAUAAAAAAACGCAAGGAGAACGCCUUGAAGAAGGCGAAAGAAGCUCAAGGGAUCGAGGAGAAACCUUUACUCGUAGCAGGUGAGGAUAUUUCUGUUUGUUUAAAAACGAAACAACCAAACUGUCUUGAUUUUUUAGGUGGUGACGACGGUAAGAAGCCACCCUACGGCAAUCCCCUCGAACGUACAAAAAAACCCUGGGGAGGUCUCAUCAACGACGUCAAGCGACGCUAUCCUUACUACAAAAGCGACAUAACGGACGGAUUAAACGUUCAAUGCCUCGCCGCUGCGGUUUUCAUGUACUUCGCUGCCGUUUCGGGAGCCAUCGCUUUCGGCGGCCUCACCGGCGACAAGACCAAGAACUACAUAGGGAUAUGCGAGACGUUACUAGCUACCAGCAUGGGAGGCAUUAUUUUCGCGAUAUUCGCGGCCCAACCGCUGGUGAUAGUCGGAACCACCGGGGCCCUGUUGCUCUUCGACGAGAGCCUGUUCCAGUUCUGCCUGUCGAACGGCAUAGAAUUCCUAACAGCUAGGGUGUACAUAGGCAUGUGGCUGGCCGUCAUCGGGGUGCUAGUGGCCUGUUUCGAGGGUAGCGUGUUCGUGAAGCUCUUCUCGCGUUUCACCGAGGACAUUUUCUCCUCGCUCAUCGUCCUGAUCUACAUCAUCGAGACCGUAAUGAAGAUAUGCUACCUGUACCAGAGGCACCCCCUCCUGCCGAAUUACUGCGAGUUCGAGGCCAUCGUCUACAAGAACGUGUCGUAUCUGGACGGUUCGAAUACCACUGCCGCUUACGAUCACAACAAAACGGAACUGGUGGUGCCCGUGAGGGAUAUCGUCAAGCUCCCCACGGAGGACGCCCACGGGAUCCCGAUCAACAGGCCUAACACCGCGCUCUUCUGCACCAUCCUGACGUUGACCACGUUCGCCAUCGCCUACUAUCUGAGGAUGUUCAGGAACAGCCAGUUCUUGGGGAGAAGCGCCAGGAGAGCUCUGGGCGACUUCGGCGUGCCAAUAGCCAUAGUGUGCAUGGUGUUCGUCGACUACAUGGUGCCCCAGACCUACACGGAGAAGCUAAACGUACCUGAAGGACUGUCCCCGUCGGACACGGAGCACAGAGGCUGGUUUAUACCGCCCGGCGGUACCAACCAACCGUUCCCGACGUGGCUCGUGUUCGCCACUGCCGUUCCUGCGAUGCUCGUCUACAUCCUGCUGUUCAUGGAAACGCAGAUAUCAGAACUGAUCAUCAGCAAACCGGAGCGUAAACUGAAGAAGGGGACCGGCCUGCACCUGGACAUAGUCAUAGUCUGUUUGACGAACAUCAUCUGCGGGUUCUUCGGGCUGCCUUGGCUCUGCGUCGCUGCCGUAAGGUCCAUCGUCCACACCUCCGCUCUGACAGUGAUGUCGCGCACGCACGCGCCCGGCGAGAAGCCCCAUCUGAUCGAGGUUAAGGAGCAGAGGCUGUCCGCCCUCGUCGUUUCGCUUUUCGUAGGCCUCUCGGUGUUGAUGGCGCCGUUCCUGAGACUCGUGCCGAUGGCCGUGGUGGUGGGAAUAUUCCUGUACAUGGGCGUGGCCUCCAUCGACGGGAUACAGUUCUUUGACAGGAUGAAGCUGCUCUUUAUGCCCGUCAAGCACCAUCCGCAGGCCUCGUACGUCAGAAAGGUUAAAACGGCGAAGAUGCACCUCUUCACCUUCAUCCAGCUCAUCUGCCUGGUGAUAUUGUGGGUAGUGAAAUCCACCAAGGCCUCUCUAGCGUUUCCGUUCUUCCUUAUACUCAUGGUGCCCCUGAGGGCACAUUUGAAACACUUCUUUUCGCAGAGAGAACUUCGGGCGUUGGAUGGCGACCAACCAGAUGUCGACGACGACGAGCCAGAUUUUUACGCAGAAGCGCCACUUCCCGGUUAAGAUCUAUGAUCUACCGAUAAAGAUUCCACUUGUUCGUGAGACAUUUCCUCCUGUGGAGACCACAGCUCACGCAUCGAUGUCAUAAUAAAAAAUUGUUCUUUCCUACACUCUUAAAAACAAAAUUGUUUGAGUACAAACCGUUUAAAAAUCAACCAUGCGUAUUUUGAAGUAAUCUUUGAAUUUUUCGAUGAAAUAGAAAUUAAAAUAGAGCAACAACUUUAAAUUUAGUUAUAGAAUAGAUGUAGGACUUUACUGAUAUCCGGAACAGUUGUGAAAAUCCUUAAAUACUUAAUUUUAGAAACGUAAUUCCACUUACAAGCUACUUAAUCAGAAUAGGUAAUAAGCCCUUUAGAGUAAAAGAUUUUAUCCAAUAAGAAGUAGUUCGAAAGUACCACUUUUAAGAGUAGGCAGGACCUGAACUUAAAUUAUAUCAGUAUUAAUUAUGUGCCCAGUUGUACUGUAGAUUAUUCGAGUACGUAGGUAGAUGGAUGUUAAAGGAAACAAAAUCAAAAGUAGUUUUUAAAAGAUUUUUAACUUUAACAAACAUUAUACUCAGAAUAUUUAAUCGAGUCCAGAGGUAAGGGAAAUCGUGAAUGGCUGAGUGUUUUUAACUUUUUUUUUGCAGUUGUUUUAAGGUGUAUUUUUAUGUAUGUAAUCUUACUUGUGUGCUUUAAAUUCUGUGUAGGAUUUAAUAUAUGUUUCUAAGUAUUGUUUUCUUUUGUUUAAAAGAAUUGGAAUGAGUGUGCUGCUUGUCGGGGAAGAUCGGUUGAGCUUGUAAUUAUAAAGAUAUCUAUUUUUAUAAUAACGAGCUAGAGAGGAUAUAGUCUAUAUAAUUAUUUUUAACAGUAAGAGAAAAUAAAUAUAUAAGUUUUGUUGAAAGAUAUAUAUAUUUUCGGAGAUUUGUUGUUUGUCUAUAUAUUUACGAAAAUGUAAAAUAUAUAACAUAUAUGCCCAAAGCAUCUAUUUUCAAAAGAUGACAGAAAAUAACGGUUUACUGGUGUUCACUAUCAUUUUUCAAAUUCAUUCUAAGAGCAAUUAACAAUAAAUUUUCCUAAAUAAUUUUAAAUAUAUUAUUUACUAUAAGUUCUAACAAAUAUAUUUGCUACUUAAUUUUCUAUUUCUACAAUUAUUAAUUUCCUAUUUUAUUUAUUUGCUUUUAUUGUACAUUAUCAAGUAAAAACAAAGGGCUUCGUUGAUAACAUUCUCCUUUGUAUUUCACCCUCCUUUCUAUUAAUAUCUUUCAAAUCCUGAAAUAUGUGCAUUGUCAUUUUAUUCUGUAGCAGCGAAUACAGCUGUUUCGCGUGUAACGCGACUUUCCUUUUAUUACUUGGCUCUGCGUCACAAAAUGACUCGGUUUUCGUUAAAUCUUAUAUAAAUAACAGAAUCAAAUAAGUAUCAAAGGUCUCAGGAAAUUGUAUGCACUUUUCCACCUUCCACUAAAAAGGCUCAAUGUUUGAUGAAAAAAAACAAUAAGCACAAACAUUAAAACACAUUCCCCUUUCGGAAAAAAUAGCAGAACUACUGUACGUUCUAACUACCAUACAAUUGAACUACUGUAGAGUAAAUUUAUACAUAGUUUUUUUAAAUUCUAUUAACAUAAAUCUAUAAAUUGAAAAAACAAUAAGCAUCAUGUUGUAUCACUGGCGUUUUUUAAGUGCAUAUUUGUAUUCAAAUUGUUUUCAAGCAAAGGGAAUUAUUUUGAUGUAACAAUACUUAUUUUAAUAUUGCUUUUUUAUGUUUCGAAAUGUCAUCCUGGCCCGAGGAAUAGACUGUUUUCGUCUUUAUUUUAGCUAUCGAACUUGCUGACGAGAAACUCGAUGGGUCCUAUAAUUCCUUCUUAGGAAACGUAAUAUCUAUCUAGGUAUUAAUUUAGAAGACUGUGAUGAAUUUGGCUCACCAAGGUGCGGUACUUUAAAAAUAUUAGUUGCCUUGUAGUUUUUAAUUAUUAGUUAGUACAUCGAAAAUGAAUUGCUUUUAGUAAGUGUUAGAAUUAGGAGAACAGAAAUUGUACAAACAUUGGGACUAAUAUGGAUUUGUUACGAACUUUCAAUUCCGUUCCUAGAUAUUAUCGAGUAGAACGUUUUAAUUGGUAUUUGUCAUAAUAUUUUGCGGGGGAUUCUGGCCUCAGGUAAAAAAUUAGUUUAGCUCAAAAUGACAUGAAAAUCUAGUCGAUAAUUAGGAAAGUAAUAGAGAGUUGCAUUUAAAGAUGAAAGCAUAUAUAAAAUAAAUAUAUUUGAGAGAUAUGUUAAGAUUUGUUGAAGAAUUAUUGUAUUUAGGUAGAACCAAACUUGAGCAUCAAAUUCCAGUUUUUGUAGUUUAAAAUAACUUAAAUAGUAUUUCUAACUGUGAUUUGAAGAGAAAUGUCUAUUCUAUUUCUAUAAAUUAAUAAAACUCCAUGAUUACAA